AUGAAGGAUUUCGGCUUGCUUUCAACCGAAAAGAUGGUUUUCGCAUCAAAGCUGGACUAUUACUUCCUGAUCUUCAUGUGUCCCUGCCUUGGCCUCAUCAAGACGAGUUUCUUGUUCCUUUACAAACGAAUUUUCACUUCAGAGUACGGCAGCGCUUGGAACCAUACUUUCAACGCGGCCAUUGCCUUCACACUUCUCUGGACCGUCGCAUUUUUCGGAGCUCACAUCUUUGAAUGUGGUACUCACUUCUACGCAAUCUGGGGCGACGCAGAGUCCUACCUGGAAUAUUGCACCCGGAUUCCUCACCUGGUGUUCGCCUUCUGCCUCACGGACCUCCUCACAAAUCUCAUCAUCGCGCUCGUCCCCAUUCCACUGAUCUGGGGAUCAGAACUGAAAUUGGGGAAGAAAAUCGCCACCGCCGGGGUCUUUGCCCUGGGUAUAGUGAGCAUUGCUGCCUCAAUCGUCCGACUCCGUAUGUCCGUCGAGGCCGCUGGCUUCUCCCUCAACGGCAGCAAGUCCCAGGAUCUCCCCACCAUGUCCAACGGCACCAGCCAGGCGGGCGACGAAGUUUUCCUGACAAUCGCCCUGCACCUCUACUGGGCCAUCGUUGAGUGCGGCAUCGGCAUCGUGGCCGCCUCCCUCCCGGCGCUGGCAUUCUUCAUGCACCCCCUCUCACUGCUCUUCACGGGCCAGUACAUGUACGCCCACCACAGCGCCUUCGUCUCCAACGCGGACUCCGCCGGCGGCAGGACCCCCAUGGCCGGCACCUCUCGGUGCACCACGGCCAGGUCCGGCGAGAAGCGCUUCGACGGCCUCGAGGGGCACUGGCGGAGCGGAUCCUCGGGCAGCGACGACACCGCCGUCAACCUGGACAAGGACAUCGAGGCCGGAAUGUGCGAGAAGUGGAUCGGCGUCCAGCUGGAUAAGUUCAUGGAGGCCAACGAGGGUGCCCACCGCAUCGACCGCCCGUUCACACCUACUGAGCGGCGGCCGAGCACUGCCCGCACCCACGUAGGUAGCGAGGAGUUUCCGGACCACCCCCCGGAGGCUCACAUAGCCAGGAGAGAGAGCAAGUUUCAGGAAAUCUGGUGGAAAUAA